AUGGCAUCUACAAGUAAAAAACAGUAUAAAAAGAGAAAUACCGACAGACCGUCCUGUAUAUUCUCCCCCCUCCCCGCUCACGAGUACGAGCGCAGCUUAAAUCCAAAAGAGCUUGACCAGUUUAACGAACGAGUGCAGCGACUAGACAAACGGGUCUGGCGCAACUGCAACAGGCGCAAUGUAUCCGAAUUCUGCUGGGAAGUCCACGCGUGGGAGGACGUGUUCGACCAAAUCCGAGAAGAAGACGCAUUUCGAAUGGACAAAAUCGACUACACAGCGCUUGAAGAAGACAGAAACGGCAACUGGCAACUCACCAAGCGAACCCCAGACGCAACCAUCGGUUUCCAGCCUACCCACGGCGGCUUCGAGACCGAAGUCCAGAGCGCAAAGGGCUGGGUCCCCCUGUCUCAGAUCUGCGAGGCGACCCGGGUCCCAUUCGACCGGGACAGCGACGCGAAGAGCUUCGUAUUCCCCUUCGCCAUCUACGAGGCCAAGAAGAGCUACUCCUCCGACUUCGAGGCAGAGACGCAGAUCGCGCGUGCUUGCGACCGCUACCUAGGCCUUCUCGACGGUGUCGUUCGCGACCCUAGAGACCCUACCAAGUACCAGUGGCGAACUAGUCGUGAGUAUCAGAUGUUUGCCUUCACAUCCUGCGCUUCCGAGUGGAGGGUAUACGCAGCUCGACGCUACGGCGAGUACCACAAUGUAGAGACAAUCUGGGCAGGCGACGUGAGGUUUCCAAUCCAUGCCGUAAGUCUACUAAGCAUCGUGGAUCAAAUCCACAAGUGGGCAGCGGACGUCUUUCGACCGUUUGUUAUCAAGCAUCUGGACAUACGAGCAAAACUCUCCAUGGACAGCACGCUCAGGUGGAAUAGACAAGGGUUUAUUGGUCCCGAAGCCGCUAUGCCGUCGUGUGUCAUGCGGACGUAUCGCUGUCGGGAAGUAUAUAAAUGUACGAAAAGGCUUAAAUUUGUGCAAACUGAUGGCGAAAUAGUUCCGCCGGAAGUACUAAGUCGAGUCUCAAGACUAUACUCCGGUGCCGUGGUAGUUAGAGAGCUUGUUCACAUAAAUUAG